AUGAAAGAGGGUGCUAAGGAACUGAAAUAUGCACAAAAAGUGCAGAUCCAUAAUUAUUAUGUUGCUUUAAAACAAUUCUUUGAGGUUACCGGUGGUAGCCAUGAUAGAUCAAUGACAUCGCGUGCUCAGAAAGCACGUUCAAAGCUGUUAAAACUUUCUUCGUCACAGUUUUUCGAGUUGAGUACUGACGUCAGCGACGAAUUGCAAAGACGAAUUGAUGAAUCACAGCCACAACAUGACUAUUUAGUUCCUAAUGAAAGUUUCCAUGCAAAGAGGAACCAGGCAAGACAAAAAUUGGCGAACUUAUCCAAUGCGAGAUUUAAUGAUUUGGUCGAUGAUAUUCUUUUCGAAAUCAGAAGACGUGGGUUUGACACGUUACCUGAACCAGAAGAAGCAGAUUAUCAGGAAUUCCCAAAUGCUGAUACUGAUGAAGAUUUUAAUUCGAAUGACAAGGCAGAGGUCUCCUCUCCUGCAUUACACGUACUUGAUUCUAAGCCAUCGCCAAUUGUACCUAGCAGUAUAAAUAAUACGUCGGUGGAAAAAUUACCAGAAGAUGAGAAUUCUGCACUUAAUGCAACUUUGCAGACUUCUACAGUCAUUCCAAAGACAGCAUCAAUCGACUGGAGUUCAGAUGAAGAGGAUCACAAACCAGAAGCUGAUGAGAAGGAAUUAGCUAGUGAAGACAAUGACGUUAUUAAGAUAGAUAGAGCGUUUUCACUAAAUCAGUCCCCGGUCAUUAUUCCAGAUGAAACACAAAGCCCACCUCAACCUACAGCUUCCUCACCUGUGGGAAAUAGAAGUCCGAUUUCCAUAGAUGACCAUUUCACGUUCUCAGAGAGACCGUUAUCACAAUCCAGUGAGGCUAGAACUCCAUUGGCUCAAACUGCUGCCACUACAGCAAUGGCUGCAAGUGCUGGGUUGUCGCCUUUCACCAGUAAUAAAAAUAAAAUGGGAUCCUUGUCUCAAUCGGUAGAACGUAACAAAGAUCGUGAUAUAGAGCUAUUAGUUCUGGAAGGGAAUAAGUUGGACAGUACCAUUACAACUUUGGAGAGAGAAAAAUCAGAACUUUUGAAUCAAUUAGAUGAAUUGAAGACCAAUAAUCAACGAUUAACAGAAGAAGUUCAGCAAUUGAAACAGAAUGCCGACCAAUCAAGUACUACUAAAGCUCUAGAUAGUAAUUUCCAAAAGGGAAUGUCCGAAAUGACUACUCAACUAAAUCAACUGUCAAUAGAAAACGAAGAACUCAAACAAGAAAAACUAGAACUUCAGCUGCAAUUGAAAAAUAUACAGUCUCCAGUUAAAUCGAUUGACGGUAAAUCAGGGAAGGAUGCUGCCUAUUGGAAAUCAAAGUAUGAAGACGCUUUUGCUGAAAAACCUGUCAGAACAAGCUCUUCUUCUAUGGCCCCCAUUUCAAACAAGCAACUUUUCCCUGAAACUAGUAUAAUACCGUCAAAUCUCAUCGACGACUUGGAUUCCAAGUUAUCACAAAUACUAAGCCUCAUUGUGUCACCUGAACCUCCAGUUUUGUUUUUAUUCGAGAACAUUGCUUCCAUUUCAGAAUAUUGUUCAAAAAUUUUAACUUUAGUUCACUCCCCAGAUACAAAGACCAUGAGACUAGUGUUAGAGAACACAAUAUCACAUGCUAUCACAUCUGUGCGUUACUUCAGCAGCUAUAAAACUCCAUUAUCAAGAGUUAUUCUUGAAAAUUCUGUUUCAGAAAUCUCAUUUGCAAUCUAUGAUUUGGUUAAGACGGUAAAUGGCGGAUCCAAUAACGAUGAAAUAUUCACAUCAAAUAAAUCUGGUGAUCAACUGGAUAGUCCACUUGGCCUCUCCAUGCAAAAUAGACAAACCUCGAAUAACUUUGCUAAAGGUUUACACGAGGGAAGUGUUUUAGACAAACCAUCACUUCUUCCUUCUCGGGCUGAUAGCGUUGAAAUGUCUCCGGUCAAACCUUUGAAAAUUACCCAGAAAAAAAAUACCGACGACGCGUCAUCAAGGCCUGUUUCAGUUAGAAAGCCCUCUGGAACUGGCUUAUUUACAGCAAUGCUUAAUGGGGGUAUGAAGAAAGAUAACGCAUCAAAGAAAUCCAAGAAUAUAUUGCAGUUAGAAUUACCUCUGGAUAACAAUUCCAAAUCGGAAAGCAAUGCUCCUAUAAUCGAACGCAGAGAAUUGAAGACCAUUGAUGCAAUUAAGUCUGCUUCAGCCAGCAAUUCACUUCUACCUACUUCGCCACUUGCCAAAAAAUCAUCAGCAGUUGUUCCUUCUGACUUUAAAGACCCAAAUCCUUUUGAGUUAUCAUCUCCAGAAAAGGGAAAGCUAUUGCAAAAUAUUAAUUCUGACAUAUACAACAGCAAUGAUGAAGAAACUGAAAGCGAAAGUGUAGAGGAGGAGGACGAUGGGAAUUCUACAUAUGAAGUGUUAAGACAAACCAUGAAGCAAAAGCAUCUACAAGAAGAAAACGGAACCAACGAAGAAAAAAAUUUGAAAGGAAUUUUUUCGCCAGUGGUACAUCCACAACCUAUUGAAGUUUCAACAGAGGAUGUCGACUUAAAUGAGAAGUCAUUCAAUUUUGAAUCUGAAGAAAAUGCUAAAUCUGAAUCUGAAUCUGUACCUUCGAUAACUGUAAACAAAAAGAAUAUAAAACUCGUUCCUAUCCCUGCCGUUACUCCAACUUUGAAACAAAAAGAGCCAUCCCCAUCACCUACUGCCGAAUUGGUUAUUUCUCCAUUAAGGCCUAUAGUAACUGCUUCUGAUAAUUCAAAAGUUAAUGACGAUCAGAAGGCCGUCGAUGCCAACAAAAGCGAGUCAGAAACUAAAGAAAUCGCAGAACAAUCAGAAACUGGUGAAACUGACGACGACAUUGAAUUUGACGUUGAUGCGUUUGACAUUGAAAAUCCUGACAAUAGUCUUUCUGACUUAUUGCUAUACCUAGAAUAUCAGACAAUGGAUGUUAUAAACACAAUUCAAUCGUUAUUGAGCAGUAUUAAGUUACCUAAAUCCACUGCUGGAGAACUAAGAACCGAAUCAAAUGCUAUCAAUCAAGUAAUAAGGCAAAUGGUGGAAGCUACAAGUGUUUCCAUGAACCAAAGCCGUAAUUCUCAAUUGAAAGAACAUGGUUCAUGGGUUGUUCAGAGUUUAGAUGACUGUCGUCGUAGAAUGACCAUACUUUGUCAUCUUAAACCAGACGGUAUUGUAGUAGCGCACGAGGGGGACGAAGAGUUCGCAGAUAAGCAUUUCAAACAACGUUUAGCUGGUAUUGCAUUUGAUGUAGCAAAGUGUACCAAAGAAUUGGUAAAGACUGUGGAAGAAGCUAGUCUUAAGACCAACAUUGAGUAUUUAAAUGCUAAGCUUUCCAAGUAA